AAGAUCAUCCCUACUACAGUUAAAUAUCCUCAGCAGUAGGCUCUGAAGCUUAUAGCCUUUUGCCACUCAUGUCGACUAUAAUCGCCAAGCGCAAGCGCGCCAGAAAGGCAUGCAUCCCAUGCCAUCAGCGCAAGCGGAAAUGUGACACAAUGUAUCCCUGUGCCAUGUGCACCACUUAUGGAUACAACUGCAGGUACACCGACGACGAUACCAUUGAUACUACGGGUGGUGCCGUACUUAAUCCACUCUCAGCCAAGCGCGUCAGCCUCAACGGUGAAAAUCGUCUGACGAACCGGGCCCGCACAGGGCACAGUCCAGGCAGCCGGUCUCACAUGGAGCGAGGCUCCCGCGAAGCCGACGGCUCGUCAACGCAGAGUCCUACAGUCAUUGCCGGCGCCUCCCCGGGCAUCUUUGACGAGCAAAAGUUCCGACACUCUGGGCCAUCGGCGGCCAUGGCAUUCCCACACAUCCUAAGUGUGGCUCUUGGCUCCGACAGUCCUCCCAAAAUGCGUUCCUUUGCCUACAACUUUGGUAUUCGCCCCGAGGAGGCAUCCAACACUCACUGCUUUCUGGGGAAUCUCAUCUCGGAGAAAGACCUCGGCUUCUUCUCAGGAGUGUACUUCUCAAUAUUGGGCCCUAUCGGCGACAUGAUGGACGCGAGAAUCUAUGCCCAGCGAUGUCGGGAUUAUUAUCAUAGUUCCGGCACCAAUGCGGUCGCCUUUGCCGCAGUGGCCGCUGGUGUGGCCGCUCUGGGGUCGUUUCUAUCCCGCAACCGACACCCGAGGGAGUCCGACCUGGUGCAGUACGCCAAAGCCAUUCUCGAUGAUCCGGCCGCGAUGCGAUUGCAUGGUAUCGACCAUAUCGUCGCGUGGGGCAUGCGAGUGUUUUACCUACGGGCCACCACCCGCCCCAGCAAUGCCUGGAUCGCCUCGUGCACCCAAAUGCACCUCUGUGAAGCGAUAGGGCUGCACGAGGAAGAGAGCAUUAAGAAAAUGGCGUCCACCGCCGGCGCUGCGGUCCUUGGACAUGAUGCGGACCGACUGAGGCGGAUUUUUUGGAUCUCGUGGGCUGGGCAUAACAUGCUGUCCUAUGAGUACGAUCGUUCGCCUGUACACUUUCGGGCCGUGUCGAGCCAGUCUAUCAUCCCGGUAUCAGGGUCCGUUGCCGACCAAUUUGUUCAAUUAAUCCAGAUCAUCCCAUCGCCCAACUCUCCGUUACAGCUCGAAUCACAGCCCCCAACUCCCAGUGAGGAGCUAUAUGAACGUCUCAAAGUAUUGGGUGGGUUCCAAACCACACAUCCGUUCCUGGUGGUGACCAAGGCGGACAUCGCGUUCUGCUUCUAUCGUCGCCUCUACCAGCUCAAGGUCCGCAUACCGGACGAGGUCAUCAAGGUCGUCAUUGAUAGCGGCAACGCCGCAGCGGAGGCAGCCGAGCAGCAAGCUACCCAGGGUCGUUUGUUUUGGAACGUCAUCGGCAGCGUCUUCCAGUAUGCCUGCAUCCUGUUGGCCAUCGACACGCCGGACGCCUCUGCCCACGUUGGCGUGGCCUUCAAGGGCUUGGAGAACCUUGUCAAGGCUGCCGAUACAGCACUGACGCGUGAGGCGUUGUCGAUGGCACGGCAUCUACUCAGUCUUAAUAAGGCAAAGAAGCGAAAGGAACUUGCCCAGCUGGAAGCUGUCGAGGCGAACUAUCAAUUCUUUCCGGCGCAGCCAGCAUCCGAAACCAACACUGCUGUGCCAGAUAUGGACUGGGAGGUGGACUGGGACCAGUUCUUUAUCGAGCCAUAUCUAUCCAUGAUCGGUCCUGACAUUCAGUUAUAGCCCGCGGUGUCGUGAGGGGAGGACGUUGUACAAUGAUUUCAUCCACUCAGCGGUAUUC